GUUAGUAUAAACUGGAUGAGAGCAAGACUUGAUUAAUUUAUUUAGUUAGCCGUUGAUAGAGAAAAAUUAUUUAAAAAAAAAAAAAACACCAAUAUUCACGGAAAUUACUCAAAAUUCCUGAAAAGGCAGGAGGACCUAAAAUUGCCUUCACCAUUGUUAAACUGCAUCGUCAUUGCUCGACGUUACUUAACCUGGAAACAGACACUUCAACUCGUGCGGCGUGUUUUAAAAAUAAUCGAUUAAAUCUAUCUAGCAAAUGAUUUGGUAGAUCUGUUGCGGAGACGAAAGAUUUUUGAAUCGAAAGAGAGAGAGAGAGGGGGGAUAUGGUGUGAUGAAGUUUAAGGAAGCGGAAGGAGAUGGCGAGAGGAGAGUGGGGAAAUCAAGGGAGGGGGAAGUCGUAUUCUUAUAAGAAAAUUACUCUUAUUGUUUGUUCUAUCAACAUUGUUAUUGCUCUCUACGUUCUUCGCUCAAUCUAUGGUUCUAUUUAUGUUUUUUCCACCAAUGAUUUAAACGUUGUAAAGUAUACCCCAUUUCAGAUUAGGAAAAUGGAAGAAUCAAUACGGAUUCGGAGAGCUAAUGAACCCAUAGAGCUUGUUAAAUGGUUAAAGGAAUCAAAGCGAGAGCUUUCAGAAGAAUCAAUGGUUGAAUUGCCACGAUCUGUGAAGCAGAGGAUGACUGUUGAGAUCCUGCAGAGGUUGCGAAGCUUGAAUGUAACGGGAGAUGGAGAUGCACAAAGAGCAGAAGCAGUUGAAAGCUGGCGUAAGGAAAAACUAGAGGAAGCCAAACAAUUGAUUGUUGGAAGACAGGGAGUGAAUUCAACUAUUUUGCAAGAAGAUGCUAGAAUGCUAGUAAGAGUCUUGGAGUCUAAUUGGGAUGCACUCUCAGGAGAAAUUGGCCUUUGGAUACCCUCUGAAAUCACACAGAGGGAACAUGAUGAUAAACCUGAGGGCAUAGAAGAAGAAGAGCUGCUCGAGGAAGAUAUUUUGCCUGGCAGACCUGUUCCACCUGAGUGUAAUGCUGAACUUCAUACGGAUUAUGCUGGUGCAGCUGUCAGAUGGGGUCUCACUCACCACAAAGAAAGUGCUGCUGAUUGCUGUCAAGCUUGCCUAGAACAGGCAAAGCGUGCUAAGCCAGGUCAAAUGAAAUGCAAUAUAUGGGUUUAUUGCCCAGCUGAGACAGGUUGCUUUUCCCCAGAUAUCUAUGAACAUAAAAAUCAGGAGUGCUGGCUGAAAUACGCAGAGAAGCCCAAAUUAAAUUUCAAGCACAAGUAUUCUGAAUCAUACCGAAAUUCCCACCCAACUGCACCUUUGUUUGUUCCAUGGGUGUCUGGGGUCGUUAGUGUGUGAUCGGAUUUUGCGAAAAGAGUGAGCGGUCAAUCAAGAAGUUUGUUGACUGGCAACCUUAUUCUAUCUUGUGACAUUGUACGGAUAGCUAUCAAGUUACUUACUCCUUGAUAUCCUACGAAAACUUACUGUUUAACAAACAUUCAACUGAAAUUCAUGUCUCAUAUACUCUGAAAUUCAUGACUAUAUGUAAUACUCAUUAUUUUUGUAGUACGGAAUGUAAUUUAAUGUUCUUGGCAAAGAUAUAAUGCCAGAGCAAGAUGACAUUCUAUAGAAACAUUCUUGCAACUAUAUAUUAUUUUAUUUUAUUGGUGUUGGCUUGUAUUCA